AUGCUAGCUGAUAAUAAUCUAGAUGAAGUAAUAGAGGACACAGAAAUGGACAUGAGAAAAGAGAUUUACGAGUGGAAAGACAUCACAUCUGAAUUUUUCGAUUCUGUGGAAGAGCUUGAAUUAGGUGAACUACUUCAUCAUGAGAUGUUUGGGCUAUUUGAAGCAAUGUCAGCUAUCGAAAUGAUGGAUAAGAAAAUGGAUAUUGGAAUGAUUGAUGAGAAGGAAAAGGCUCCGUUAACUUUUGAGGUAGCUGUAAAGACUGGUCAAUUGAAGCUGGAUGAUUUGCAGUGUGACGAGCUUAUUGGAAUUUAUGAUUCACUUUUUUCAUGUCUAGUCUCGUGGCUUGAAGGACAUUCGCCAGCACAGACUGUUUUUACUUGCCUGUAUCUUCACGAUACAACAGUUAUUAAUGAUAAAUAUCUUGCGAGCUUCUGUAAUGGAAUUUUAAAGCUUACUGGAAUCAUCAGAAAGUUCAUUACAAGCGCACGAGUGUACGAGGAAGAAGACUUUCAGCCAGCAAUAUACAAUUUCAAUUUAUGUAGUGAACUGAGUGACCAAAAAGUAGUAGCAAUGAUGAAAGAGGCAGAAAAUGACAUCCAGAAGAAAAUCAAAUCAACUGAUCCAGCAGACGAGUCUUAUGAGAAUCUUAUGGCAGUAUUUAACCGUAUGAAAUUUACUCGAUUGCUUCUGCAAUGUCUCUUAUUGCUUUUUCCGACAAAAUCAUUUUCACCUAAUGAAAUGGAAAUGUCUGAGAUUUCAAAGUUACUGACAAAUGCUGUUGAGCUAGUUCCGUUAAUUAAAAAGACAAUCUCGAAAGGAACUAAGCCUGAUGAUGAAAAUGAUACACCGAAUGUAAUGGGUUUUUCACCGAUGGUGAAUCAGAGGCUGUUACCGCCAACAUUUCCACGCUAUACGAAGAUAAAGGAACGAUCCGGAACAUACAAUUAUUUAGAAAUACUCUCACAAAAUCUUAAGCAUGCAUGCAAAAUCAUAAAUUGCACAAACUACCAAAUUGCAUUAAACUUUUUCAUGGAGUUUAGUAAAAAGUCUGGCUCAUGUUUAUUAUCACGAAGUGUUUUGCAAGUUUUAUAUUUACCCGUUCCAAAUAAAGUGUUCGGAGCAACGAACCUCACAGACGUCCUGAAAGAUUCUCUGAAAGCUUUCAUUGCGCCUGCAGUGUUGAUGCCUAAAAAUCCAUUGUACAAUAAUCCUCAGGCCAAAGAAUGUGUUGAUUCAUUCUUCUUCUACAAUGAACAUACGUUCGUUAUGUUCCUUGAAAUUUGUGGCUUUAAUCGUGCCCGACAACGUGAUAAGAUUGCAAGGCUUUUGGAUAAUUUUGCAAGCUUGCAAGAUGAGGCUGAACGUGUUGAUACAUUUUUGGAUAAGCAACUGAAUGGCGAAACUUCAGUGGGAACAUGUCGUACAAGCUUUGGAACAUGGGUUUUGUACUAUUGUCUUCGUGCAAUGUCAUUAUUUUUAAUAUCCGGCUUAGAAUUGGAGCUGUAUAGCGUACAUGAAUACUUGUAUGUGUUUUGGUACUUGUAUGAAUUUCUAUUUGGUUGGAUUGUGUCCGCACUUACACGUGCUGAUUCCUUUUUACUCGAACAAGAAUGCAUAAGUGAGCAAUUCAAGAAUCUAUCGAAAGGACAAAAGAAAUCGAAAUUGAAGAAGAAGAAAAUGAAACCAUAUGGACGUGAAUUGAUGUUUACACAGGCAUUACAAAAUGUUUGCGGUGGUUAUUAUAAAGCACUUGCAGGAUUUCAUAAAGCAAAUAGAAUACCACAACCUCUCGCUGAGUUUGAUCUUGAACAAAUACGUUAUGAGCAUCGUUUCGCACCGUUUGCUGAGUUAUCGACUCCACCUGCGAUUGGAUAUAACGACUUUUGUUCACAAAAGUGGGCACUGCUCAAAUUGACACAAGAAGAAUUGUUCUUAUCGGCUGCGAAACAUUUUCAUCAAGCUAGAACAAUUUUGGAGCACAUUUCGAAUCUUGAUGCUGAAAUGACAGACAUCCUCAAAAUUGCUAAAAUUAAUUUCGUCGUAAUGAAUUUGCUGGCAAAUGGACACAAAAAGGACUCACCAGUUCCACCAGAAUUUGAUUUUUCAUCACAUAAAUGUUUUCCUAUAAUUAAGCAACAAUGA